AUGCUUGCAUUGCUAUUGUUGCCUACAAUAUCCUUUGCACUCGCUGCUAUCUGGUUGGGUGCUAGUGUCAGAGAGAAACGACUCGUCUAUCACAAGAAUAAUGUGACAUUUACCGGACCAGACCCGGUGUACUUGGUGGACGAAAGACAACUUGAUGAAGCGGUAUCCUGUCCUUCAUCCAGGCCGCAAGCAAAAGGGACUGUCCUAUUAGUCCAUGGGACUGGAAUGGCUCCUCAAAUAAACUGGGAAUAUACAUUGGUGCCCCCGCUUAUCCACGAAGGUUUCCGACCUUGCUAUGUGGCUGUACCGCAUAGACUUUUUGACGAUGCUCAGAUUAGCGCUGAAUAUAUCAGCCACGCAAUCAAAAAACUCGCAGACAAAAAUGAUACUCAGAUAUCUAUCAUCUCAUGGUCAGCCGGGGCAUUGAUAACGCAGUGGACAUUGACAUUUUACCCUGAAACCCGUUCAAAAGUCAAGAGACAUAUCGCUCUUGGACCAGAUUAUCGCGGUUCAUGGUCCAUGGUCCCGCUUUUUUACUUUAAUAUGUUCACGGAGGCGGUGGUGCAACAGAUUCCCUGGUCUAAUUUCCUCAACACCCUGAAUCGUUUCGGUGGAGAUAUUGCUCGGGUACCAACCACGAAUAUUGGAUCGAGUACAGACCUCAUUGUCCAGCCAGGGUUUUACGGUGAAGGUUGGCCAAUGUUCAAAGAUAGCUGGCGACUGAACGGCCCACAAGCUCGAAAUAUAGAUCUAUUCAAGCUCUGCGCUGCGAAGUCGCUCAUGCAUAGAGCGUUACCGCAUGUAGUGAGUCAUGACUCAUUGCUAUGGGAACCUGCUAGUCAUCAAAUUAUCUUUGAUGCGUUGAACAAUGAGGAGACGUAUGUGGGAAGUGCAGACAGCGUCACCUUUGACCACUGUCGAGGAGGUCAGGCAAAUCAUCUACCACCUGGGUCCGAAACAAGGCACUCGGAAAUCAUGCCUGAAUUGGUGGAUUAUGCCUCUAAAAUGCCAGUAAAGGGUUGGCCGGAGGUGCCGCUACGGGAUUAUGCUUUGUUGGAAUGA